AAAAAUUGAAAACAAUGGAAGAUUAUCUCUCACUUUGGAGCUUUUCAGGAUGUUUGAUAGGUACCCAAAUGGCCAUGAGAGCUGCAAUUGAGCUAAAUGUUUUCAAUAUCAUUAGCGAUUCAGGGCCUGAAGCUCAGUUGUCUUCAGCUGAAAUAGUCUCAAAAAUACCCACCACCAAUCCAAACGCAGCCACUGCCUUGGAUAGGAUACUGAGAAUGCUGAGUGCAAACUCCGUGCUGUCAACGUCCGUGAGACAAUCCCGGAAUUGCGAGACGAGUCCAGAAAGAACUUAUGGGCUGACGACGAAGUCGCGUGCCUUGGUGACAAACAGUCCAGACGGAGUUUCUACAGCUCCAAUGGCGCUUCUGGUCUCCGAUAGGGCGUAUGUGGAGGGUCUUUACAAGCUCAAAGACGCCGUGCUCGAACCGGAGUGCUUGCCGUUUCACAAGGCUCAUGGAAUAGGCCUUUUUGAGUAUGCUUCUAAGAAUCCAGGAUUGAGCAGAGUGUUCGACGAUACUAUGGCAAACAGUUCGAAAAUCGUGUUUGGUAUGGUGUUCAAGGUGUACACUGGAUUUGAACAGGUGAGAGAGUUGAUGGAUGUAGGGGGUGGCAAUGGAACUUCACUUGGGAAGAUCGUCUCCGUUUGUCCGCACAUUCAUGGCAUCAACUUUGAUUUGGCUCAUGUGAUCGCCAAUGCUCUUGACUUCCCUGGUGUGGAGAAAAUUGCUGGAGACAUGUUCGAGUCACUGCCAAAUGCACAAACGAUUUUACUGAAGUUCAUAUUGCAUGAUUGGGAUGACAAGCAUUGCAUCAACCUGUUGAGAAAUUGCUGGAAGGCAUUACCUGAUGUUGGUAAAGUCAUAGUUAUUGAGUUUGUGAUCCCUCAACUACUGCAAAAUGAUGCUGAAACAAUGAAUGCAAUAUCAUCGGACUUCCAUAUGAUGAUAUCCACCACCGGUGGAAAGGAGAGAACAACGGCCGAAUAUAUUGCGCUAGCAAAAGUUGAAGGUUUUACUGAAACAAAGAUCAUUCCAAUUUCACAAGGGCUUCAUGUUUUGGAAUUCAUUAAGAGAAACAUUGCGUAGAGUGUGCAUGGUGUCUCCUUCCAUAUAUAUGUAUGUUGCUUUUGGCAAUGUUUGAAACAUUAUGAUAAAAAGUAAUGCGAGUACCUUACAACAAUAAACACUUCCUUUUGUAUUGCCCAUUUGAAACGGAUUUUAUGGGAAUCGAAUCCUGAGAUGGAGUUCCUGGUGUUUGCAAGUUACAAAA